AUGGCGGGCCCCGGGCCCGGCCUCGGCCGCGGCCGCUCCGCCCGGGGGCUGCAGGGGCGCUGCCCGCGGGGGCCGGCGGGGGAUUGCCUCUCAGGAGCAUUGCAUACCAAAUAUAAAAGCAGAAGCUCCCUUGUUUACAAAGGUGACACUGACAGCUCACUGAAAAAUGCAGCUAUUUCUUUAUCAAAUUGUUCUUUAGAGUCAGAAUUUACUGAAACUGGAAGAGAGAACUGCAUCAGAUCUAGUGAUUUCCAAAAAAGCUUGAAAGACAGGGAUUGUUUUGAUGAUGAGCAAGAUUCUUUUUGUGAUUCAAGUGGUCUAGAAGUAGAAGAAAAAGGCAUUAUUUGCUCUGAAACUGAUGCAAUUCAAAAUACAGCAAUAUACACAAAAACAGGCCCCACUUUACCAACUCAUUUGUCUGCAAAUACUCAAGAAAAUAGGGACCAAAUUAUUAGCAGUGGUUUGUUAAAGAAAAUUGUGCGUGGAACUGGUGCUCAGGCAUGCAAUAGGCAAGGUUUAAUACCACCUUACAUCAGUCAAAUUUAUGAUGAAUUAUUUGUCAUACAUCAGAAGCUCCAGAGAGAAAGUUCAGCACAGCAGGAAUAUGCUCUGCAACUGCAGAAACGAGAGUGUUCUCUAACAGAACAAGAAGCAUUGCUUUUUAAACAUGAAGCAGCUUUGGCUAAAAUAAGAGGUGUUGAGGAAGAAGUUCACACAAAAUUUGGAGUUAUAAAAGAGCAACAUGAGGCAGAAGUUAAGCAGCUGACAGAAGCCUUGAGAGAAAUAACUAAAGAAAAUAGGAGGCUGAAGUCAUCAUUUGACAGCUUGAAGGAAGUGAAUGACUCUUUAAGAAAACAGUUGAGUGAUGUAACUGAUUUGAACAAGAAGUUGGAAGGUCAAGCACGAAAAGUACAAGCUCGUUUAGAGAACCUACAAAGGAAGCAUGAAUUUUCAAUGGUACGGAAAUCUAAUGAUUUAUGUCAAGUGAUGAAACAAAGCAAACCUGUGAAACAGGAAAAAGUGAUGGCAACAUCAAAAACGGCUACGCUACCAUUGAAUUCACAAGUUUAUGAGCUCUUAACUUGUCUUAUGGAUUGGAUCUCAGACCAGCAUCUUAGCAAAAUAAAAACACAAGAAGAGAGAGAGGACAGUCAUAAACCUAUGGUUACUUGGAGCUCAAAAAAAUCCUAUACUCAGGAAAAGUGUAUGAAGCUGUUGCCUAUAGCUGCUGAGCAACUCCAGUGGAUGCCAUAUGUGAAUCCUAAACUGCACAUGCCUGUGAUUAAAUUUAUUUACUGGUCUGUAAGACAGUUACACACUGAUAUACAGCAGCAUGCAACAAUGAGAUCAACCAUGAGGAGACUUGGAGAAGACAUUUUCAAAGGCAUAGUGAGUAAGGGAAACCCAGACAGUUCUUCUGAACAGUCUACAGAGAGUAAAUCAAAGUCAGCAGCUUUCUUUAAGAGUUCCUGUAUGCCUCUGAGGUUUCUGUCAACUUUGAUUGUGCUUAAAACAGUGACACAAGUGGAUUACCUGGCUCAGGCCUUUGAUUCCCUUCGCAUAGACUUGAAGACAGAUGAAGGGAAGGCAUUAUUUUUGGAAUACCAAUGUGUGCCUGUCGUAUUAAGUCACCUAAAAGUAUCCAGCAGAGGUCUGCUUUCCAGUGCUCUUGAGGGAUUACUUGAGAUGACCAUGGAAUCUGGUUCCUUACAGCCUUUCCUGGAAGCCUGCAGUAAUGAAUCCUUCUUCCGGACUUGCUCUGUAUUGCUUCGAAGUUCUAAGCUAGAUAUUCCAGUUUUGGAAAAGCUCUGUGUUAUACUGCAAAAGCUCUCCAGAAUAAAAAGCAAUAAGAAGAUGUUUGAAUUGUUUGCUCUUCAUCAAAUGCUCCAAGAACUGCGUAGAACUAUAAAUCCAGAUUACACCUUCCUUUGUAUAAACCUCAAUUCAAUUCUGCUGAAUUUGGAAUUGUUGAAGAGUAGCUCUCUUGCCUCCAGUCUAAGCACAAGCCACUAGCACUAGCUUUCACUCUAAUUAUUGUUCUGUAUAAUUUAAACCAACUGCCUAUGUUACUUGAAAUUUGGAAUUUGGGGUUUUUUUACUGAUUUGUAUAAAUACAUUAAGGAGCACCUCAGUACCGUGUAAUUCGCUGUGUAUUGUGUGGAUUCUCACUGAUAUUUCAGUCAUUCAUAAAAAGGAAAAUGAACAACUUUGUAAUAUGCUAGAUGGCUUUCUUCAGUACUUUCUUAAGAAGUGAAAUAAUGCUGCUGUUGUGAAUGACUCAUGCAAUCUAAGCAAUUGAGUCCUUAGAACAAGCAGAUCAGAAAUAGCAGCCUUUCAUUACAGGUAUGAAUCUUAGUUACUUUUGACUCUUCAGAGAGUUUUAUAAAAUCAUUAUUUUAUGGUUGAUAAGUAGCAGACAGGUAUUUUAGUAGAUUGUCUUUUGAUAAUCUUACAGUUUUAAUGAUUAAAACCAGAUUUUUCUUUAACAUAACUAGAUGUAUUGAAUGAGAAAUUUUGUUGGUUUGAUAUCAGAAUUUCUUAGUGUUUGUUUGAUCUUUUCUUGUAUUUAAGUAACAUUUAGUAUUUUAUCCUGCUCUUUAUAGUACAACUUUGGUUAGUAAUAUCUUUGCAAAUGUAAAUAAAAGCAUUUCUAAAAAUGUCUGGCAAUAGUAAUCCCUAAUGUAAAAUCAUUAUAUUUUAUUGCUUCUGCUAUAUUUUGUAUUAAUUUGCAAUACAAUCCUCACAGUACCCACAUUUCUCUUCUGAGUAUGAACAUAUUUUUUGUCUGCCACAGUUCAGUGUUUAGAAGUUCUUACAAAUUUGAAUUAGGGUACUUGUAAAAAUUGAAAUUAGUCUUCCAUUGCUGAUUUGUACUGGAAUUACUGAAAAUCUAUAUUUGUAAAAUUGAAAAUGCAGUUAAAGCUUAACGAUCUGCUGUAUUCAGUCUUUGACUAGCACUGACAUCAGUAUAAAACUUCAGAGAAUUUUUUUCUCAUUUUUCUCUCUUUUUUUUUUUUUUUUUUUACCAGAAGCCUUUGAACUGCUCUUUGAAAUUGAAUUCUAACUGCAAAUAUUUUUCUACCAAUUUGACUUAACAUUUCUAACAAGCUUUUCUAUGAAAGGAGUCUACACCAGAUUUGGCAUCAAGUAUGUCUAGAAGAGGGAGCAAGCACUGUGUGCUUUUUGGGCAGGAAACCAAUUCUAGGUAAUUUUUAAAUAACACUAAUCAUAGCUAAAAACAUUUGCUGGCAAUCAAUUGCAUUUUGAAAUAAGUAUUUCUUCAUUAGUAGUUUUGGUUUUCUGUCAAAUUUACUAGCAGUGCAAAAGCUUUCAUACACCUUUGGCUGGACACAAAAUCCUAUUAUUUAGGAAGAAUAUUCCCAGUCCUCGUGUGCUUCUCCAUCUACUACCAUUUAAAAAUACUACAAAAUCCAUAACCAAAAAAAACCUGUAAAAAGUUGUUAGCUUUCUUAUCUGCACAAGAAUGUUGAUUGUGCUCUUAGUUUUCAGCCUUUGUUGAUGUUGUUUGUUAAUCUAUUAAUCUUCCUUGUGAUCCCAAUUUAAUACAAUGUGGUCAUCUAAUAAUGGCCAAGGUAAUGCAGUAAAAAGAGACACACAGAGUAGGGUGCAGCUUUUAAUAUUGGUCCCUUGUGGUUUAUGUGCAGUAUUGUGUACACUCUGGAAACUUGAAUCACAGCUAAUUUCAAGGUUUUAUGAUCUAAAUGUUAGGUUUCUAUUAAAAUGCGAAAUAAAAGGGUUUUCCAAUCUGUCAAAUAUUAAUGCAUUAUAUUGAUGACCUAAGGAUAAGACUAAUGAUUUUGAUCUUACACAAAUUUUUCAAGGCCAGGUUAGAUGGGGCACUGAACAACCUGGUCUAAUGAGAGGCAUCCCUGCCUUGAACAUCAGCCUUUUGAACCAGCCCACCCCAGCUGUCCACACCAGCCCUUGUUGUGGCCUUGCUCAAACAUCCCCAUCCUGUUAUCAUUCCCCUGAGUGUCCUUGGCAGUCUCUGUGGGGAAGGGGAAUAGAGAAAGUCAGUUGCAUUCCCUGCUGUCAUUUGGGGAUUUGUUCUGGGUUUUGGAAAUGAUAGAUUUCUGUCAAGUUGGCCACACUUUGGGCAUCUCUUUGUAUUGUCUUCCCCUCACAGAUAGAAUCUAGAAUUUUCCGGGUUUUUUUCUGCUUUUGUGACGUUUAGAGACGAGAUCUAUGAGUAUGGAUUUCUUCUACUUUACCUUUCUUCCAGAAAACUGUCUGCAACAAGAUACAUUUGAAAAAGUUAACUGCACUUCUAGCUAUUUCCCGUGGCUCCCUAUUCCCUAAGGAAACAUGGUGUAUGUGAUCUCUGUUUUUCUAGUUUCCUACAGAGGAAUAUGCUAUUUUAAAUAUGCCAGACACCUUUGUAAAGAGGUGAAUUAAUAUCCAUCCAGAGAAUAUAAUUUUUCAAUCAUCUUUUGAGAGAGAAUUUGAGGGGAAGCGAGAGACAUGAUGAGUACUUACUCUUGGAGGAAAGGCAGGGACUCUCACUUUCUGGGAGCUGAUCAGUCAAAACACAAGCUUCAAACUGGCUACCAUCUGCGAUAUCUUGCUGUGUGUAGGUCUCCCGAAGUG